CGCGAACAACAACACCAGCGAGGGAGACGCGCCGGGAACUCGACUCGUUUUCGAAAUAUAAAUCCUCUUUUUUUGGCCUAUUUUGGAGGUUCUUCUCGUCCCUGAGGCAAAGUCGGAAGCAGAAAUGGCAUCUUCCCCAUCCAAGGUUCCUGUAAAAUCUCCGUCCCUAAAGUCCUCCGGAGGCUCCACACCCACGGGGAUGCGCGGCCGCCCGAGCCUCAACCCCACAGACCUCACCCUCCCCACUCAGCGCGUCAAGAUGAUCAUGAAGAGCUGUCCUGACGUGGAGACGGUCUCGCAGGACACUCUCCACCUGAUUACACGGGCCACAGAGCUCUUCAUCGAGUUCCUGGCCGUCGAGUCGUACAAGUUCGCUGAGGACAAGGACCGGAUGGACUAUGAGGCCCUGUCUUCGCUAGUGCACACGACCGAGCACCUUGAGUUCCUCAGGGAAGCAAUUCCGAAGAAAGUCACGUGGGCCGAGGCACAGAAACUGAUCGAGGAAAAUAGUAACAAGUUUGAAGGGUUCUUCUAGCGCGGAGAUGCGAAAUUGUGAAUGGACGUAGCCUCUUAAAGGAAUGUGUAUAUGAAAGAGCAACUUGAGAGCUGUGAGUGACAAGGUUGAAUGGUUGGCUUCGUCUGGACAAGAUGAUGAUGUACCUUAAUUGUGGUCCAAGAUUACUGAGGGAUCAUUUAUAGAGAUUUUCAUAGUGGGGAUUUAUCACUUUUAAUUGUAAUUUCAGUGUUGUGUAGAAAAUGGAGACUACAAGAUAUACUAUUUUUUACUUUAUGUUUAGUCAGUUUUUUUUGUACUUUGAUAACUAGAUGUUCCUGAAUUCUUAUGAGGAAUAAAUAUUAUAGUUACCUCUAUAUGAAGUUAUAUGUUCUGUACACAAAUUCUGUGAAUUUGCACUGAGUGUAGAUGUCGUGGCACAUUUAUAGCAGCAGUCACAUAUAUCUUCAAUCAGGACUCUUUUUAGGGAAAAUUUUAUUGUUCUAUUUGAAAUGAAAGUUGUACUUAUUUCCCUUCAAUAUUUCUUGAAUUAUUGACGUGUAAUGUGAGAUAUUUUAAUGCCAUUUCUCACUUCUCAUUUGGUAUUGUAUGGGUGUAUGAAGCAGAGAAAUCUCAGGUACAGAGAUCAAUGAAUGAAGCUUUACUCUUGUAAUCUUUUAUACCAUUUUUUGAAAUAAAUGAUAGUGAUGAUUUAUA